AGCACGAUUCGGGUCGGAGGAUUUUUGUUCCCAAAAUACUUUACUCUGUAAAGAGAAACAAACAAAAUUAGGGUUUUCAUAGACAAUUAAAAUCAGCAAUUCUUGGUGUUUUGACUCUUAAUUUUGCGGCAAUGAAGAAUCGGAAGCCUAACGAAAAUCGAAACUGCGACGGAAUUGAGAUGCAGGGCCCAAUACCGAUGACUAUGAAGAAGAAAAAGAACAUGAAUCGAUUGGGAGGAAGAGGAACUGGUCUUUCGCUUCAAGCAUUCGCUAAUGCCAAAUCUACCACAAACCAUUACAAUCCCGCCUUAAUAAAGAAGAAAAGGGAGUUCUAUAAAAAUGCUAAGUUUGUUAACAAGUAUAAGAAGUCACUAAAGCAACAAAAUCAGGCAAAUGAUCUUCCUUUAGCGAGAAGGACCCCAGAGGAUGAUAAUGGAGACAUUGAUAGCAGUAGGACGAACAAAUGGAACAAGAAGAAGAGUAGUUUGCAUAGUCGGAGAGAAUUGUUUGAGAAGCAGCGGGAGAAGAAAGAGAAGGCAAGGAUGGAGAGGGAAGCAAUUAUUCAAGCAAAGAAGGAACAAAAAGAGAAAGCCGAAGCUUAUAGGAAGGAAGGACGGAAGAAGAUGUUCAAAAAGACACGUCAUGGUCAACCUGUAAUGAAAUACAGAAUCCAGCAUCUUUUGCAGUCUAUACAGAGUUCCUCUAGUGCCUCAGUUAAUAAAAAUGUGUAAUUUACAAUUUUGUUGUUUCUUGUGCUGUACUUCAUUAGUGCAUACGGUCGCUGAUUUAGAGAGCUAGUGGUGAAAGUGGGGAACUUUAGUUAAUUGCCCCAAGAGAGGAUUUUCAUUUUGCUAAUGUAGCAUUUUUGGAUAGCUAAUGGGUUUUCACUGCCUGUCUAACAACCAUCAUGUUGUUCUUUUUAAUACGAAGUAUGAAACAGCAAUUUUGUCUGAAUAUUUAGUUGCCAAUCUGUUGAUUUAUUAUAUUGCCUGUAUCCAGUUUUAUCUGUGAUAUUGCUUUGCUGGGUAAUUUACAUACUUUCACUAGUCAGAACUGGUAAUUUACAUGCAUAUUGCAACUCUUUUACAUGAAUUCCUGAACUUUAAUAAGAAAAACCUGGGAAUUAAGAUCGCAUAGUCCUCC